CCCCCCCAUCCCCCUAUGUAUGGAAUGCGGAUUCUUCCGCACCGACCGACCUCGAUUGAGAUGGUUGUGAUGGUUGUGAUGAUUGUGAUGGUGGUGGUGGUGGUAUAUAGAGUGGAGUUGAUCUACAGCCGGGAGAGAAGAACGGGCACACGAGAGAAAAAAAAAACAAGAUGAGAGAAUACCUCGUGCUUGAAAAAGACUGCCUGCUUCCCCCAAUCUCGAAGAUCCAACUUCCAAUACUUACUUAGUCUUUCCUGUUGUGUUGUCGGGGUAGGUAUAUGUUACUAUUAGUAUUUUGCUCUGCUCUCAUCUUGCGAUGUUUUUCCGCACUCACGAUUUUUCCAUGUAUGUAUGCCCUGUAUGUAGACAUGUCAGUUGUGACAUCCCUGCGGCAACGCAACGCUGAAAGCGCUCCGCAUGGAAAAAGAAAAGAAAAGGAAAAGGAAAAGAAAACAAACGAGCAGAAUCGAAGGUACAGUACUAGUAUCUAGUGGAGUAUCUAGUACUAGUGGUAGAAGCCCACCAAGAAACUCAAUCUCAAACACCGGCGCCGUUGUCGUCG